CCUGAAAAAGAGGUCCUCCCUUUGGGGCAACUCUCACUUUCGGCAGCAGCAGCGGCACAACAACGGGACUGGCGCUUUGAUUUCGAUUGUUUUCAUCCGCUGACAGAAAUCAAGCAGCAGUCAUGAUAAGAAACGAGGUUUUCUCCUGUUUUGUCUUCUACGCCGUCCUCCUGGUGAUCAAAAUGUACACCAUCGCGAUCAUAACGGGACAAGUGAGGCUGCGGAAAAAGGCUUUCGCCAACCCAGAGGACGCGCUGAGACACGGAGGGUUGCAGUUUCACAGAGAGGAUCCCUACGUGGAAAGAUGCCGACGGGCUCACCUCAACGACUUGGAGAACAUCCUCCCUUUCCUCUUCCUGGGGGCCAUCUACUCCCUGACCGGACCUUCGCUAACUGUAGCUCGCCUUCACUUCCUGGUUUUUUUUCUCGCGCGCGUGCUGCACAGCCUUGCCUACCUGUUGGCCCUGCGAGCACCCACCCGUUCCCUGGCCUACACCGCCGCACAGGUGCCUUGUGUUUCCAUGGCGGUGCAGAUCCUGAUGUCAGUGGCAUCCUUCGCCUAGUUUUCAAAGACGUUGGGAGUGAAGAGAAGUCAAAAGAUCAGUCUUUGGACGCCCUUUCAUGACCGACGUCAGAGAGGGUUAACUACGGGUUCCUGUAGAAAGACAGUGGGAGUGCAAUAUAAGCUGUUGGAUUACGCCUGAGCGUUUUUUGUUUUUUUUUUUAAAGUAAGAUCCUGUCAGUAUUUUUAUUGUUAUGCUUUAAAAAAUGUGACAAUGUCUCAACAGAUUUUGAAGUACAAUGUUUGACGCCAUAGACUCUACUGAUGUAUCUAAAAUGCAAAUGAAGUUUGAUGCAGAUUUUUUUGGUUUUAACAGAAAUUUCUUGAAAUCUAUUGACUCAAAGCCACUUUGGGAUAUUGCCCAGCUGUACGUUGAUCCGUAACCUCUCCCGUGUUUACACUAAACACAGACCAUCUUUGGUGUGGUUUUGUACACUUAUGGUGGCUUAGUCUGUUUCCUGCGUAGGUGUGCCGACUGUCAUGUUAAGCCUUGUUUGAACAUUGCAUUCUCCAGUAAUGAAACGGAACCUGACUGAUGAGGUGUCGAAAUAUCGAAUGGGACUCACCUACAGUUCCUCUUGUUUAAGUCAAACCCAUUUCUCUUAAAAGGACUGAAACAUGAAUGUGUCUCAACAGCCUGCAAGAACAUAGAAAGAAAAAUCUAUGAAAAUGUAUCCUGAGGUUAUCCUUAAUGUUUUGUAAUUAAUUUAUUACUCUUUCUUUAGCUAUGCAGGCUCAUCAGUGGAUAAUUCGUUUUAGGUAAUAAAACAGUUCAUUCCCUGGGAGGGAGAACCUUCAUUGUGUUGUAAUUUUAAUGAUCAGGUUGGUUGUUGUUUUAGCGUGGCCCUGCAGGGACUGGUUUGGAAUGGGAUGGGGCCCCAUUUUUCUUGUGUGCGAGGGAGAUGAUCCAGAAGUCCGAGGCAAACCUCCAGCAUUCCUGCACCUAUUACGUAAGACUCUGGACUCGGCUGUGCUCACUUUCAUUACAAGAGGGGGGUUGGGAAAGAAGUGGGGAAGCAUCACAGAUGUAUUUAUGCUUAAAUACUAAGUCAUCCAUUCUGACUCUGAAAAAAUAUGGUGUGUGUGGAGUUUUGGAAGUUUUUUUUUUUUUUUUUCCCCCUCUGUCGACAGUCUUUGUCUCAGUGCUGUAUAACUUGAAGCCACAGUUUUCCUCUUCUGUACAUCAUGUCAUUCCAGUAAACCUAUUUCUGGUUAUUUUCUAA